AUGAACCUACAACGACGAUUAUCCUAUGCAUUCCUGUUGGUCUGGUGUUGUUUCGUCCAACAUGUGUCUUGUGCCAAGCUCAUGAAGGAGGUUCCAUACAAGUUGAAGAAUCUUUGCAGCGACAUUAAUGCUCCUGUAUUGCAAGGGAGGCAAAAGGCCAAGAUUCUGUCCUGGCUGUUGGAAGCCACCAGCGAAUCCAGUCUCAAACUGAAAUCGUCACCCCAACAUCGUGCCGCUUGUUGGAUGCUCUUUGGAGAUCCCAAUCGCAAAAGCGUCCAAGGCAGUCGCGUCGUCUUUCGUCAACGCUACGCUUUGGCCGUCUUUUACUACGCCACCGAAGGUCCCAAACACUGGUAUCCCGAUGUGGGCAAUCCCAACGCCACCACAUCGGCAUACAAAGCCGAUGGCAGUCAUCCCUGGUUGAGCAAAUUUCACGAGUGCACGUGGUAUGGAGUCAAAUGUUCCGGCACUAUUAUUCCAUUCACCUUUCGACCCGUGGUGGGUUUGGAUAUUUCCUUUUUUGGUGUGGCGGGGAUAUUGCCAAGAGAAUUGGCUCUCUUGUCCAAUAUGAAGGAAAUUGAUCUGCAUGGGAAUGAUCUUCAGGGAGUCCUGCCACACAUGGCGGUGGUCAAUUGGAAGAAACUGGAAUAUAUGAGACUCCACAUGAAUGGGUUAUUUGGCAAUCUACACAAGGAAAUGAAGGAAAUGAAAAACUUGAAACAACUCAUCCUCUUUGGCAAUUACUUUGCGGGAACCAUCCCCAAGGAAUUGAGCCAAUUGAAGAAAUUAGAGGUGAUUGACCUAUACGCCAAUCAGUUGGAAGGGAGAAUUCCUUCUGAAUUGGCAGCGCUUCCAAAACUUCGCAAGUUGGAUCUACACGACAACAAUUUGAUUGGGGUAAUGCCGAAAGAAAUUUGUGAACGAAAGCUCCCAGUGCUCAUUGCCGACUGUUUGGGUGCCAAACCAGAAGUUCGAUGCGAUUGCUGUACCGUCUGCUGCCACGGACUUCCCAGAAUGAUUUGCAAAGAUGUCAAGACGGGAGAGACUGUCAUUCCUUCCUAG